AGCGGCACUGAGCGACGGUAGCGCCCAGCGCCAGCAGGGACCAUGCUGGCAUCAGGCAGGUGGAGGAUGAACAGUGACAGCAAGUGCCCUGCAGACUUGGAAAUGACAGCUCCCAAAAACCAAGACUGCUGGUCGCAGGAGUACAUGCUGACUCUGCUGGAGUGCAUGAAGAACAACCUGCCUGCCAAUGACGGGAGCAAGUUCAAGACCACCGAGUCGCACCUGGACUGGGAGAAAGUGGCUUUCAAGGACUUCUCGGGGGAGAUGUGCAAGAUGAAGUGGAUGGAGAUCUCCAACGUGGUGAGGAAAUUCCAGACCCUCACGGAGCUGAUCAUGGAUGCUGAGGAGCACGUGAAGAAUCCUUACAAGGGCAAAAAGCUCAAGAAACACCCCGACUUCCCCAAGAAGCCCCUGACUCCCUACUUCCGCUUCUUCAUGGAGAAGCGAGCCAAAUACGCCAAACUUCACCCCGAAAUGAGCAACCUGGAUCUCACCAAGAUCCUGUCCAAGAAAUACAAGGAGCUUCCCGAGAAGAAAAAGAUGAAAUACAUCCAGGAUUUCCAGAGAGAGAAGCAGGAGUUUGAGAGGAACCUGAUGAGGUUCAGGGAAGAUCACACAGACCUCAUCCAGAACACCAAGAAAUCCGACGUCCCUGAGUAACCCAAGACCCCCCAGCAGCUGUGGUACAACCACGAGAAGAAGAUCUACCUGAAAGUGCGUCCAGAUGCCACCACGAAGGAGGUAAAAGAGUCGCUGGGCAAGCAGUGGUCUCAACUCUCCAAUAAAAAGAGGCUGAAAUGGAUUCAUAAGGCCCUGGAACAGCGGAAGGAGUACAAGCAGAUCAUGCGUGACUACAUCCAGAAGCACCCAGAGCUGAACCUCAGUGAGGAGGGCAUCACCCACUCCACACUCACCAAGGCUGAGAGGCAGCUGAAGGAUAAGUUCGAUGGACGACCCACCAAACCGCCCCCGAACAGCUAUUCCCUGUACUGUGCCGAGCUGAUGGCCAACAUGAAAGACGUGCACAGCACGGAGUGGAUGGUGCUGUGCAGCCAGCAGUGGAAGCUGCUCUCCCAGAAGGAGAAGGACGCCUACCACAAAAAAUGUGACCAGAAAAAGAAAGACUACGAGAUCGAGCUGCUCCGCUUCCUGGAGAGCUUGCCUGAGGAGGAGCAGCAGCGGGUGCUGGGAGAGGAGAUGUUGGGCAGCAACAGGAAAGGGGCGACGAGUCCUGCAUCCAAAGAGUCCUCACCAGAGACCGGCAAGGCCAGCUCUGAGAAGCCCAAGCGUCCCAUCUCAGCCAUGUUCAUCUUCUCGGAGGAGAAGCGGAAGCAGCUGCAGGAGGAACGGCCGGAGCUGUCAGAGAGCAAGCUGACCCCGCUGCUGGCACGAAUGUAG